AUCAGCACCGAUGGAAUUUGACUAGGAACUCCGGACCAGGAGGAAGCUGAGAAAAACGAAAACGAAAACCGCACGGAGAAGAACCCGGACAAAGGGUGGCGCGAGCAAUCAGGCCGCCUCCGCCACGUGCCCCCGCCGGCCCUUCCGACGUGUCGCGGCGGCCAUUCGCGCUCGACACUCGAAUCCUAAAGCGUCGUCGAUUCGCAGAGUUGCAGAGAGAGACCGAAAGAACCGAGAGCAGCAAAUCGGUCGAAGCACAAAACCAGGAGGCGCCCCGCACGUGCCCCCUCUCGUUCUCCUCUCGCCGUCGCCUCAAAAUCCCCCCCCCCCCCCCCCCCCCCAAGGUAAUCUCCUCCUAUAUAAUCCCGUUUGCUCUGUUCGCCGCAUUCAGCGUCAAUCCUCCGUGCGAAAAUCGAUAUGCGAUGUGGCCGCGUCCCGGCCCAUGCAUGUGAACAUGGGGCGCGUUCCUCGUGCUGCCCCUGCUUUUCCUUUUCUGUUCCGGGAAGGCUCCGGCCCGUUCCAGAUUGGAUCUGUUCCUCUUACCGUGUUUCCGAUUCCCAGUAGAUUUCCUGUCACCAAGGAGGCAGCAGAUAAGGCCGAGGAAAGGAAAUUAAGAAAGAUCGAGGAGGCGAUUGCGUCCGUGAAUUGAAAGCCGCGCCUCCCGGAGCAUCUCGUCUCCGCCGGCGAGUCGACGAUGAAGUACGUCUCCGGGCCCUACUUCGAGCCGGACUUCGAUCCGGUCCUUGACCGCUUCGGCACCCCAGGGGUUGUCGUCGACAAUGAGACGCGUGAGGACUGUACGCUCGUUAAGGUUGAUAGCGUGAACAGGGAUGGCGUGCUGCUGGAGAUGGUGCAGCUGCUCACCGAUCUCGACCUCGUCAUCUCCAAGUCCUACAUCUCCUCCGACGGUGGCUGGCUCAUGGACGUGUUCCACGUGACUGACCAGAUCGGGCGCAAGCUGACGGACCCGUCGCUCCCGGGGUUCAUCCAGCAGGCGCUGGUGCCGUUCCAGCGGCGGCCGGGCCACGGCCCGUCGCCCAAGUUCACCACGUGCCUGGGCAACGUGGUCGGGCCUGGCGGGCCCGACGUGUCGGACUGCGCCUCCCUCGAGUUCACGGUCCCCGACCGCCCGGGCCUCCUGUCGUCCAUCACCCAGGUGCUCGUCGACCAGGGCUGCCACGUCGCCUCUGGCCAGUCCUGGACCCACAGCGGCCGCGCCGCCGGCGUGCUCUACGUCACGAUGACGGCCGCGGCAGAGGCGCAGCCGCCGCACCAGAGCCGGUGGGCGCACAUCGAGCGGCUGGUGAGCGCCGUGGUGGACGCGCGCGAGAGCGUGUCCGGGGCGCGGCGCUGGGUGUGCAUGUCGGCGCCGGCGCCCGGCCGCGUGCACACGGAGCGGAGGCUGCACCAGCUGAUGCACGACGACCGGGACUACGAGUCAGGCCCGGCGCCGACGCCGGUCGACGAGGAGCACUUCAGCAUGGGCGACGUCAGGGCGGCCACGAUGAUGCUGAUGGCGGCGCGCCGGUCCGGCGCGCGCCGUGGCGCUGCCGACACCCGCGUGACCAUCGAUAACUGGGAGGAGAGGGGCUACGCGGUCGUCAAGAUGACGAGCCGGGACCGGCCCAAGCUGCUCUUCGACACCGUCUGCGGGCUCACCGACAUGCAGUACGUCGUCUUCCACGCCACCGUCGGCUCCCAGGGCCCUCUCGCCAUCCAGGAAUACUACAUCCGGCACAAGGACGGGCGCACGGUGGACAGCAACGCCGAGCGGCAGAAGGUCUCCCGGUGCCUCGUCGCCGCGGUGGAGCGAAGGGCAUCUCAUGGCGUGAGGGUGGAGGUGCGCGCAGCCGACAGGUCGGGGUUGCUGUCGGACUUCACCAGGAUACUCCGGGAGCACGGGCUGUCACUGCUCAGGGUCGAGCUCAAGAGGCAGAAGGACGAGGCCGUCGGGACCUUCUACCUCGUCACGGACUCCGGCGGUGAGGUGCGGCCCGAGGUGGUUCGCGCGGUGCGGGCGAGGGUCGGGGAGAUGGGGAUCUCGCUCGAGGUGGCCAAGGAAGCGCCUGGCUGGCCGCCGGUGAGGAAGACCAGCGUGCCGGUGCAGCCGGCUGCCGCGGGGCAGGGGCAGGAAGGCUCGGGAUCCUCCCUUGGGAGCCUCCUGUGGUCGCAUCUUGGGAAGCUCUCGAAUAACUUUGGCUACAUCAGGUCUUAGAAAACUGUUUGCCAGACCGAUUGACCAGUUGCAUUCCAGUGCUUUCUUGGAUACGAGGUGUCGCAAGAAAGCAGUAAAAUUUUGUAUAUACAAAGUAAAUAGUAAUGUUGUCAUUGCAAAAUA